GUUCGGCUGGAAAUGUGACGUUGCGGGCGAACACGGCUUCUGACACGUGAGCGAAAGCAUGACUAGCAAAGGCCAGUAACAACACACUAUAUAUACUGUUUAUUUCGUUUUUUUUACACCCAAAACACUCGGAUGAUUUAGUUUUCUACUUUACGGAGGGAAAAAUAAUUAACGGAUCAGUGAUAGAUUAGGAUUAUAUAGCUUCGGUGUUUUGUGAAAGAAUACUUUGACUGAGAAUCGUUUAUCAUACAUUGAUUGUGUGGUGAUUGAUAUUUUCGUGUUUACGGACUGGGCUAGCGCGGGUUGCAAAUUACCCCUCUUCACGAAUAUCGUCAUUACUGGUGGUGAUUUUAUUUUACUCGUUCUUCGGACAACGCUGGACAGUGAGUUCUGUUUUAUUCGGCUUUCAUUCGACCGAUCCUAGAUCACAACAGCCUGAAGAUUUAGCUCAAAGCCCAGUAUAUUGUGCACUAAAUUGAUAACCCUAUGAGGCUCGUCUGUUAAGCCGGCGAUGAAGCAGAUAUAAACGUAGAUUUAUGAUGCUGGCGAAGAAAGAAUUUUUAGGACACAUUACUUGACUGAAAAAAAAAGUGUUUAUCUUAGUGCAAGCUCCAGUUGGAACAUGGAGAAGGAAUAAUUUACUACAGUAACUGUGCUGAAUUUGUUUGUUAUUUUGUCCCCUAUUUGUAACCAAACUUCUUUUAUUUUAGUUCCAACCGACUUCAUUUCUCAAAAAACCUGUGGAAGAUUAGUUAAUAAAAAUUUUAUAAUUUGUGUUGAAACGUGUUUUAAUUUCUGAAUUUGUUUCUUAUUAGUGACGUGAAUUUCUGAAGGAACUGGCCAAAGUUUUGGUCCAUAGUUUGAGGCCAAUUUAAAGGCCUUUGUGUUAAUCAAAGGCAUUGAAAACAAAGUUAAUUUAACAAUUUUAUUGGAGAAAUACAAAAAACAAAAUGGCGAUUGCGAGAUAUUCAAAAUCCUUCUACACAUUGAGAUGUUUCUUGUAUUGUGUGAAAUGCGUGUGUCUCCCGUCUUAAGAAGAGCAAUAUAAAAAAAACAACAACUCACCCUACAGGAGUAGAGGAGAGCAACAGCAAACAAAACAAAAACAAAAAGUUUGUUCAAAAUUUGAUUGGUUCAUUGUGCAGUGGGCGUGUUUGUGUAUUGCCAUAUAAGGAGUACAAUUUAUUUUCCAACGGAAACCAACAUGGAGGGCGACGAGAGUAACCAAUCGUUGAUGGACGACCCACCGGGCGCCAAGAGGGCAAAGAUGGAGAUCACGGAAACAGACAGGCUGUUGAAUUUUGCCACGGCUGCUGAUGAAUUUGAGCUCAGUCUUAAACGUCAAAAAAUUCCAAGGGAUCCAAUGUCCCAUCGUAUCAUAGAGAAACGGCGCCGAGACAGGAUGAAUAACUGUCUUGCAGACUUGAGCCGCCUCAUACCCAGUAGCUACCACAAGCAGGUACCGGGGCAAGGUAGAAUAGAAAAGACAGAAAUAAUUGAAAUGGCCAUCAAGCAUAUAAAUAUGCUGCAACAGAAAGUAGAUGAUUACGAAAAAAAAAAUUCGAGGGAGGAUAAACCACAGCCAGCACCAUCUGAACGCAACUGUUGUGCCACUAAGUUCUACAUGGGUUUCAAAGAAGCUCAGGAUGAAGCCAUGAGGUUUCUUGUUGAAGUCGAGAGUGUUAAUGCCAUGGAUCCAUUUUGUAAGAAAUUUAUGAACCAUCUGGAAAACGCUAGCAAGAAAUUUAUCACUGAGCAAAUUUCACACACACCACACUUGACUGCACCACAUGGUACCAUGAACGGUGAGGUGGAGAAAUCUGAUCUGACAAGAUUAGACGGAGACAUCAGCGGUCAGCCAGCCUUCUUGCAGCAAAGGUCAAGCUUCUACUCAGCAUCAUCCAGCGGGUUUGUGUCGCAGGAUGAAAACCACAGCAGCAGCGAAAACAAAAACCGUGACCAGCACCUGCGGUCACUGCUUGGGGAACAGCAGCAUGGCAUCACUUCCUCUAAGAGUGUGUCAGAGUCUGGAUCAGGGUCUAACUGUAUGGUUCCUCUGUUUUCAUACUCCAAUCACCUGCAUGGCUUGGGGUCAACUUCUGACCAGAAUGGUAUGGGCAGCAGUGGUUAUGUGUCAGAUCUCUCCAACAUGGAGAAAACUUCCCCUAGUGGAUCAACCUCUUCAAGCGGAUCAAGUGCGUACAAGAUCAAACAAAAGCUAUUUCAAAGUUUCCUAGAAGAUGCUAAACAAGACUACACGGACAACGUUUACAAAUUCAAACACAACAUCACCAAACGAUUUUCCCAGGAGGGUCACCAUCACCACAUGCACCACCACAUGCAGCAUCAUCACCACAACCACGGGCACCCCAGCGACACCAGCUCCAGCACCAGCAGCCGCGACCUUGAAGACGACCAGAGCCAGCUGAAAUGGAAGAGCAACAAGCACAAGACCAGGCAUGCCAGCUUGGGAAACUCCAACACCAUUUACCGCAACGAUGGACAAAACGAGGGGAACAACUCUCCAAACUCGGACGAGUUCCACUCCGCCUCCGUAUCCAACGACUGCUCAAAGAGACGCCCGAACAAGUCUGGUAGCCAGGUCUCGAAUCGCAGCAAUGAAAACAACAGUUCCUCUGUUGCCCUGCCUGGGUUCAUCCUCCACCCACAAGGCACCCACUACAUGCCUAUCUCCGUGCACAACACAAACAUUGGCAGUCUGUUUGAGAACUCUGUAGAGCAUGACGGCCCACCUGUGUUCCACCCCAUUAGCAUUCCUGUCCAUUUUCGUCGUCCAGUGAUCUCCAUGCCCAACAUAACGAUCUGCACCCACAUGUCAACUCAGCGUAAGGAGAGAAACAUCCAAGAAUAGGAAAACUAAAAACAUAUUGCUGUAGUGAAAACAUAUUGUGACAAUAGAGACACAAGGGAAGAAAUUACCAAAUAUAAAAAAUUUCAAAGUUUUAAAUGCUGAAUUCAAAAUGUGACGAUCAAGAUGUUCUACGAACGUUUAAAAUACUUGGUGAUAGAAGUCCAGAAAAUUAAUUAAAAAUAGAAUGAAGAUCAAUAUUUUCAAAAUUCUUGCAGUUGCUUAAAACAUAAUUGACAGAUAAAGAUUAUAUCUUUUGUUAUACUCAGUUGUCAUCACACAUAACAUUGAUUUUAGAGCUGCGUUUAGUGGAAGGGCUAGCAUAUUUGAUUUUUCUGGUCAUGUUGACUUGCUGUUCCUUGUUGUAGAAUGUGGCACCAAAUGGAAACAACUUGCGCUAGUGUCGUUGCAGUUGCUGUUGAUCAGUGUAUUCCAUGAUACGCCAGCUGCCAACCUGUGAAUUUAGUCGACAUCAAAAUGUUUAAACUGAAAGUUGAAUUAUUUAUUGAUACCUGAGGCCUUUAAUUGUUCAAACAUUAAUUAUUGUUUGUGGUGCUUGAAUUACUUUGCUGUAUUUUCCUGGGACGUUUAGUGGUUAGGCUGUUUGCUGAAAGUGGGUGUUGGAAGAUAUAAACAGAUUUAGAAAAGAUUAACAUUCCGAUUAAAAUUUGCUGCAAGGAGGCUGAUGUCUAAUCAGGAAACUGAAACAUUGACGCUGUUUGAUAUUUUAAGUAAUGAGGAGAAUACUGUGGCUCCAUUUUUUUUUCCUAAAUAUGGUUAAUGAGGAACAAAAAUAGUUGGCUGUGAAUGAAAACAUUUGGCAGUGGUAGACAAAGAAAUCUGGAUAUCUUGAUGAAUUGGCCAGACCUUCAUGAAAGUCCAGAAAGGAAAAUAAAAAUGUGUAUAAAAUUUUCAAGCACUAGACUUGGAUGUGAUUAAGUAUCCUGCCAAUUUCAAUGUUAAGCUAUCUGUGCUCUGAUGUCUGUUGUCUGAUGAAGGUUACAAAAGUCUUAUAAAUAAGAAACAUGGUGGUGGUUGCUGAUUGGUUGAAUUAGAGAUUUUGGAAAAAUGUAAACAAACCUUAUUUGGUUGUUAGUAUCGGCAAGGGCAAAGACCAAGACAUCAGUUUAUUCAGCACAUCAAGGUCUGGUGUUCAUGUGUACAUUUACUCCUUACAAUUUCAACUCCCUUUUUUGUCCAUUCUAUAAGGUUUUAUUAUAUUUUGUAAAAUGUAUUGUAGUUGUUUUAAAAACAAAAAACUCUAAAUAUAAGGGCAUAAUUUUAUAAUCACUUAAGCAACUGGUAAGUUUCAAACUUUUUUUACAACUUUUACAACACACUUUUUUACUAAGUAUUUUAGCUUUAAAUUGUUUUAAAUUGCAAACUAUAUUUUUACUUGCAUUAUUAAUGAACAUGUUUCAUUAAUUUGCUGAAUUUAAAAAAUUUAUACUUGAUGGAUUUUUUCCAAUAAAUUUUAAAAAAGUGGCACAAAACUUGCAUAAUUUUACUCUUAAAAAAAAAAAGAACAAACUAAAAUUAAAUGCAGAAUCUUUUUAAAAUGUCUAUUUGGCUGUUUGCAAUUUAAACACUAAAGUUAAAUACAUGUUACUAAACUUGAUCAGCAGUGGCAUCAUUUUAAGGCUUGCCACAGAUUUAUUUUAAUUCAAAGGUUUUUUCUUCUCAUUUUAAAUAAAUAUAAUUCCUAGUAGGUGGUCCCCAUAACCACUCUACAACCUUAUUUUACAGGACAUUAUUGAGGUAAGGUUUUAAAAAAAAAAUUGAUCAGAAAUUAGUUUUUGCAACCACUCCAUGUUUGCUUGCUUGCUGACAUUUUCACACUCAUCCAAUGCUGUUGUUUCAUUGGAAGGAUUUACCUCAAACAGUUUUCAAGGAUAUUUUAACACAGACAAGACCAGACGAUGGAAAGCAUGAGAAAAUUUUUUUGCCGGGAUUGAAGUUAACGCUACACUUUCUCGGAGGUUUGUUAACGCGGUUGAUGUCUAUAUCUUUCAAUGUGGAAGUGAACUAUCAAGAUCUUAACAAGGGAUUAGCUGUUACUUUGUGGGAUGUUUUACAUUACAAAACAAA